CAGGCUCGCAGCAACUUGAACGUGCACUGCGACGACUUGAAACCUCCACAGCUCUCUUUCGCCACCCUCGACGAAGUCCUCUUACUUGUUGAAGAGGCGCUGACUCAAAGUCGAGUCCAGGUGUCGGACGUGUGGCUACCCGCUACCAUCUCGACUUCAUCGCUUGGCCACAAAAGAGCAUCUGCACGCAGCAGGCUGUGUUUUCAAGAUGCUCAGUACGACACCCAGCGAACUUGAAGCCAAUCAGUCAGGCUCGAGUGGCACCGUGACACGGACCAACGAAGGCGCCAGCGAAGCCGCUUCUGGGAGUAACGAAUCAGCCCGGUUCCGGAAGUAUGCUUCAACGCCUUUGGCGGACGCGAAGCAUCCUACUGCGAUAGCUAGUCCAUUGUCAUGCAUCCGUCUACUGGCAUUUCCCAUGGACAUCAUCUACGAGAUUUUUGGGCAAUUGUAUCCGCUCGAUCUUGCGAAUCUUGCGCAGACCAACAGAGCCUUCCGUGCGUUCCUCCUCGAGUCUCCCCAGAGUGAUGGACUCUGGAAGACAGUCAAAGUCGUCGCUGGAGAGACUCCUGAUGGCCCGCUCUGUGUGCCGCAGGUUGCUUGGGUAAGAGCGAUGUAUUGUGAAUAUGAGUGUGCGGGAUGCGGACAGUAUUCCAGAGACGAGGUCGACUUUGUGUUGUUGCGGCGCAUAUGCUUCGAGUGUAGAUGGACACGGCUUCUUCAUCACGACUGGCUCAUAAGCAAGUCUGAACACCCAAUCCUGUCUGCGCUCGUCUUGCAGCUCAUUCCGUAUACAUCCAUGAGGACACUCUCGGGAUCAGACAUCCCAGGAAAACGGUACUGGGAACCUGAAAUCGCUGCAACAACGGCCAAGGUUCUCAAAUACUGGGAAGAUAUUGAAGCUGGGAAGCCCGGUGCAACAGAAGCUUUGGAUCAGUACAAAGAAGAACGUGUCCAAUACACACGAGCGAUAAUUGAACACGGAGCGACGUGUAAGGAGUGGUUGCGCAUCCGUAAGAAAGAGGAACAAGCACUCAGGGCCACUCAAUAUAAACGGUGUGUGCCGAUGGUUGCUAGAGUGGUAAAAUUUCGCAUAUCUGAUUGCUUUUGGUAGCAUUGAAGAAUUGUUCGGAGAA